AUGGGACAAGAGGGUGUGAAGGGGGUACGCGAUAGCGAGGGACGUACGGCGGUGCAGACGGCAGGACACGGGGUGGUUUUCGGGGGAUGGUGGGGCGACGAUACGAAGUGCUGCGCACCCCCCGCACGACGCCGCGCCGUGACGUCACGGGGGUCGAAUCAAUAUCAUACCGAAUGCCCUCCCUCCGUCGUCGGUCCUCGCGAGACGGCAGACGACCGACCGCCUCAGUACGAGGUGGCCCCCGCGACUGUACGGGACGACGACGACAACGUCGCCGACGACGACGACGACGACGACAACAGUGGCAGCGACGAUCACGGCCACGAUUACGAAAACGACGAUCCGUUCGACCUCCGGACUGUGCUGAUCCCCGCGAUCGGUCCCGUGGGCGCAGGAAAUAGACGAGGGAGGAGGGUGGAAACGAAGAAAUUAGGCAGGCAGGGAAGCAGCGGGCUCAGUGAGUUGGGUGAAAAUCGAUGGCCAUCAGCGCCCAUGGGCGGCCUCGCGUUUAGGACAAGGAAUAGCCCCUCCCAGAAGACCUCGCUCCGGUGGGGUGACUGCUGCCCCCCGAAUCCCAACCAAGCGUCGUCGUCGGUCGUCUGGAAGCAUCGUCUUCAAGAAAUGCCGCCGGUGCCCGUAUAUCCAGACAAUCCCAAAGCGGAUCACCCGCCGAACUUUUCGGACCUACGUUUCCGUCAGCUCGAGCUCACGCCGGUGGACCCCUAUUCCCCGAAAAUGAUCAACAUCGCCGGGGUAAUUUCCAUCGUUCUCUUCUACCUGCUGAUCUUGGGCGUGGGAAUAUGGGCGGCCAGGAAAAAGGAAGCGGGCAACGACUCCGAGGAGGAGGUCAUGCUGGCCGGCCGCUCGAUCGGGCUCUUCGUCGGGAUAUUCACGAUGACGGCGACCUGGGUCGGCGGUGGUUACAUCAACGGCACCGCCGAGGCAAUCUACACCAGGGGUCUGGUCUGGUGCCAGGCACCCUUUGGAUACGCCCUCAGCCUCGUUUUCGGUGGUAUUUUCUUCGCGAACAAGAUGCGACAGCAGGGGUACGUCACGAUGUUGGAUCCGCUUCAAGACGCAUUCGGGGAGCGUAUGGGCGGCCUCCUCUUCCUGCCUGCUCUAUGCGGCGAGGUUUUCUGGGCGGCGGGUAUCCUCGCAGCACUUGGAGCCACGCUGGCGGUCAUCAUCGACAUGGACCAGGGCACCUCCGUCAUCCUGAGCGCCUGCAUCGCUGUUUUCUACACCCUCUUCGGCGGUCUCUAUUCCGUCGCUUACACCGACGUCAUUCAGCUCUUCUGCAUAUUCAUCGGUCUGUGGAUGUGUAUCCCGUUCGCUUGGGCCAAUCCGAAGGUAGAAUCCCUUAGUUCCAUGGACGUUGAUUGGAUCGGCAAAGUGAAUCCCGAGGAAUAUUGGUUUUAUUUGGAUUACGGUUUACUUUUGAUAUUCGGCGGUAUACCUUGGCAAGUGUACUUCCAACGUGUCCUCUCCUCGAAAACCGCGGGGAGAGCUCAAGUAUUGAGUUACGUUGCCGCUAUAGGUUGCAUCCUCAUGGCCAUUCCCCCCGUCUUGAUUGGAGCGAUUGCCAAAGCAACUCCUUGGAACGAGACGGAGUAUACUGGUCCUUAUCCUUUCACGGAGACGGAAACUAGCAUGAUUUUACCGUUAGUCUUGCAACACCUGACACCGGACUUCGUUUCCUUUUUCGGGCUGGGAGCGGUAUCGGCGGCGGUAAUGUCUUCUGCGGACAGCAGCAUCCUCUCUGCUAGUUCGAUGUUUGCUAGAAACAUUUAUAAAUUGAUCUUCCGUCAGCGGGCGUCGGAGAUGGAGAUCAUCUGGGUGAUGCGAGCGGGAAUCGGCGUGGUUGGAGUACUGAGCACCGUGAUGGCUCUCACGAUACCAUCAAUCUAUGGCCUCUGGUCCAUGUGCUCGGAUUUGGUCUACGUGAUUCUAUUCCCGCAGCUGCUAAUGGUGGUGCACUUCAAGGAUUAUUGCAACACCUACGGCAGCCUAUCAGCAUACAUAAUCGCCUUCCUGGUGCGCAUCAGCGGCGGCGAACCGAUGAUGGGGUUGCCCCCGCUAAUACGUUAUCCGGGCUACAACGAGGAGACAUCGACGCAAAUGUUCCCAUUCAGGACAAUGGCGAUGCUGAUGUCGCUGAUAACUCUGGUGGGAGUGUCGUAUGGCACGCAGUUCGCCUUCCUGACCGGGCGGCUCGCCCCGGGUUACGACGUCUUCAGGUGCGUGGUGAACAUCCCGGAGGACGUCGAGCGAGUGGGCCCGGACCCGGCCGAGGGUGAGCAGAUGGCGGUCCUAGCUGCGGGUGUCGGCAGGCUCUACGGCAGCAAGGACGAAUCGAACGGCCGAGUGAACCCUGCGCUCGAGCCGGACUACGACAUGGAGCCGGGAUGUACGAUGGUCGGAGGUACAACGGACGGUUUUUGCGGCGGGGUCGGCGGUGCCGGGGGACACCUGGUGCCACAUGUACCCGGCGGCGCGUCUCGACAACCACAAUCCAGCACCGCGUUCUAAUUCCUGGUUCCGUGAUCGGAUGCUGUGACCAACAAUAAGUGCGGCGGUGCGGGUCUCUGUCUUUCGUUUCCUUCCUCUCACUCUACCCUCGUGAUCCUCUUCUCUUGCUCCCUCCCGUCUACGCGUUUCGUUCCUGCAGUUGACUUUCUUCGAACCUUGCUGCUUCUUUCAGCGGUAUAUUUAUUUAAAUCUGACGGUUUCCUCUUGACUCUCGACAGCAUAAAUUUCUGACAAAUAUAAUAGAAGAUCGUUCCAAGUGUUAAGUCUCUAAGAGGGGCCUUAUUUCGAUCAGUUCCGCGUUAAUAUUGGUAUAUAUGAGAUGCGUAUUGAAAUGUUUUAUUUGUCAAAGAUAUUAGUCAAAUAAUUACUAAAAUCAUUCCGAAGGAAAAACUCUUGAACAAGAAUUAAUACUAGAACGUCUCUAAUUCGCGCGUUGUUUUGCAUCUUGAAUCUAGUCUAUCGACACAAGGCGCGUAAUCAUAUAAUAUACAUUUAGCUAGCAAUAAUGCUUCUUCUAAUCUAAUGUGUCCCCGAGAGAACUGCGAAGAUAAUUAUCGCGAUGAUUAUUGUAUAGAUGGUCGGAAUUGUUAACGGCACAAAUUGUCCCUCUCGGAGGUAUCGUUCUAGUGUUAAUCGGUUUUCCGACUUUCCCGGCUGGUUACGUACACCCGCGGUGUCCUGUUUUCCAGUUCACUUUUCCUUUUUCUACCCGCCUUACGUCCACGGAGCUCCGAGAUGAGCCAACAAUGCGGUGGCUUGCGGUAAGUCUGAUACGAAGUUUCUUUCGUACUCGCGUACCUAUGAGUGUGUAUUUGUGCGUACGUGAGUGUAUGUGUGUGCGUGUGUCUGUCUCUCUGCGUGAAUGUGCGCGCGUGUUUCCCAUGUUGCUGGUGCCCGUCUAACGAUCUGUACCUGCCCGCGUCCGCUCGCGUUCGUGUUCCCGUCGCUGCUCAGAAAAAGCAAUAAACUAAUGAGAAAAUGGGGAGAAAAAAGGGGGGACAGAAAGAGGAAGAAUAAGGUGAUUGGAAAGUACGCGCGAGCGGCAAGGGGAUAAAGCGUAGCGUUUCCAAAUCGGAAGUCGGAGCUUCGGGCGUAUUCAGGCCGGGCGUCCCUACCCCGCACCGCCAAUUAGGCCUAGUGAUUUCCUUGUUUUCU